AUGUUUGACUUUACCAACCCUGUAAACAUCCUUGCUAUUGGCCUCGGGCUCGCGCUGCUGCUUCAUAUGUUGAAGCGGCGCGCAAGCACUUGCCCUUUACCUCCGAGUGUUCAGUCUUACCCUCUAAUUGGUCACCUCUUUUCGGCGCCUACAAGCAAUGACCACUUGGGGUUCAUUGAGAUAGGAAAUCGAUUGAAGACAAGUAUAUUCACCCUCAAGUCAUUCGGACAGACAACGAUAGUUCUCAAUUCGAUAGAGGACGCGACCAACCUUCUCAAGAACCGAUCUGCCAUAUAUUCCGACCGCUACUGUGCACCGAUGCUAGGUGAUCCAUUAUUGAUGGAUUCUGGCAACUUUAUUGAUUUUUUAGGGUAUAACGAUCGCUUAAGAAAGUGCCGACGAUUGAUGCAUCCAUGGCUAAACAAGAAGGCUUGCGAGUCCUUUCAUGAGUCUCAAGUGCAAGACGCUCGACUGUUGCUACAGAAAUUGAUGCUCUGUGGUCGUACCUCCUCGGAGGUUUUAUACAAAGAGGUGUUCAGGGCGCUUUCCGGUACAUUACUGCACUCAAUCUAUGGAUACCGCAUCAGCGGAGAAGAUGACCCUCUUAUCAAAGAGGCCAUACACAAAACAAAAGAGGGAAUUGCGUCGGGGGAUUAUGAGCGCUCUAUUAUCGAGUCGUCGGUGUAUGAGGCCAAGGCUCUGGGGCUUUCCUCCGAAGAGACGGACAACUACCUAAGUUAUAUCGGGAUAAGUCUUUACUUGGGUGGAGCAGAGACGACGUACAACGUAAUCCUGGUAUUCUUUCUUGCAAUCAUGCAUUUUCCAGAGUCGCAACGAAAGGCUCAAGCUGAGAUUGAUGAAAUUCUUGGUGACACGCGGCUCCCUGGCAUGGAAGAUAUGCAGCGGCUUCCCUACACCAAUCGUCUGAUUCAAGAGACUUUACGAUGGCGCCCAAUACUGCCUCUAGGUAUCCCGCAUGCUGUAAGCAAAGAUGACUUUUAUCAAGGGUUUCUGAUCCCCAAGGGGGCAACGGUGGUCGGGAACAUUUGGGCAAUGAGUCGCGACAAGAGGUUUUAUAAAGAUGCAGAGGAGUCUGACCCUGAUCGUUUCCUAGAUUCUUCUAUUCCCCCAUGCCCCAUAUUUGGAUUUGGUCGAAGAGAAUGCCCUGGAGUUCACUUUGCCGAGUCAUCCCUUUUUAGCAUUAUUGCAUCUGUAUUAGCUGCAUUCAACAUCAAGGCACCUGAUAGUAGAAGGUUGACUGCACCUGGAUUGGGUGACUACCCAGACCCUGGUAACAAAUCCAAUUACGUUGCAUCCGCCGGAAGUGACUUUGGCCUACAAGUCUAA